AACAGAAAGUGGCGCCCUCGAUCGAGAAUGUACGUUAAGCCUAAAUAACGAUUGAGUAGUGACUUUGGUUUGUUUCUCCGCUUAAAAUUACAAUAAAUUUCGCUAUAUUUUACUUUAUAAACGAAUCAUCAUGCCGAAAAGAAAGUGUAGAAGUAGUAGCCCCGUUCACGAGGACAAUGUUUCCGACGAAAGUAUGAGCUCGGAUAUAUUGGCUGCUACACCGGUUUUGACUCGACAGAGAUCAAAGCAAUUCAAAUCCGUUAACGAUAAAAUUAACAAGAAUUCCAAUCACGUGGCCGAUAGCGAUUUUAUGAGUAAUGGAGCCUCUUCUGAAGACACUGAUGACACCGGGAGUCGCCAACAGUCUCGAGUGUUGAGGAGGAGGCAGAUGAAAGUGGAGAAUCACGUCUCGGAUUCGGAUUCUGGAAGUGAGAGGCAGAGCCCGAAGAGAAAGCGGGGUAAAAACAAACCGUUCAUUCACCCCGUAAUCAAGAAGGAGAAUUCAGAAAGCGAAGCCAGUAACGGUAUGGCCCGGUCGUACCAGACGCGGUCUGCUCAGAGCGCCAAGAUUCCUCUCCACCGAGACGAUUCCAGCAGCGAGAGUGGAAGCGAACAUUCCGGCCCCGUCAAGAAGACGUUCAGGAGGAAGAGGAAUCCCGCCAAGGGAAGAACGAACAGACAGUCCGUGUCUAGUCAGGAUUCUAAGCAGGGAAAUCAGGAGAAACAGGAUAGCGAGGAGGAAUUGAAGUGUCAGGUUCCCGGAUGCGAUUCUAGAGGUCAUCUCAGUGGAAAGUUUUUACACCACCGUUGUAUUAGUACUUGCCCGAUCUACCACAAUACUACUCCGGAGGAGUGCGAGAGACGCUAUCACGAAAGAAUGCAGCGGAAGGCCGAAAGGCAGGAGGCGGCUGAACAGAGUGCCGUCAAUAAAUUUGGUUUGAGAAAGAUGGGACCCACACCCGAUCAGAGAGAACGGUUCCGCUGUUUGAUGGAACAGAGAAGAAAAACCGAUCCAUCGAAAAAUAAACAGAACGGGAAACUGGAGAACGGUCACAAUUCGUCAGAAGAGAAGAUGAGAGAACCGUCGCUUACUUUGUUAAGCCCAGUUUUUGAUUUAGAAAUGUUUAGAGAAGCUCAAGCGAGAGCUGCCCAGGAAUUACAAGAACAACAACAGAAAUCAAAACGCAUCGGUAUCAGAACAAUAGAAAUGGGACGAUACGAGAUGGAUGUUUGGUACAGUUCGCCAUAUCCUGAAGAAUAUCAAUGCUUACCGAAACUGUAUUUGUGUGAAUUUUGUUUAAAAUAUAUGAAUAGUCCCACCAUUCUGCGUCGUCACAUGGCAAAGUGUGUUUGGCGUCAUCCUCCCGGUGAUGAGAUUUAUAGAAAAGGAAACAUUUCUUACUUUGAAGUGGACGGAGAAAAGAAUAAAUUAUACUGUCAGAAUUUAUGUUUGUUAGCAAAAUUGUUUUUGGAUCAUAAAACACUAUACUUUGAUGUCGAACCUUUUCUCUUUUACGUUAUGACAGAAAGUGAUAGUGAAGGUUGUCAUAUGAUCGGAUAUUUUUCAAAGGAGAAGAAUUCAUUUUUAAAUUAUAAUGUUUCGUGCAUAUUAACAUUACCUCCAUAUCAGAGACAAGGUUACGGAAGGAUGCUAAUAGAUUUCAGCUAUCUUUUAAGCAAGGUAGAACAUAAAGUAGGAUCUCCAGAAAAGCCUCUCUCCGAUUUAGGACUCAUCUCUUAUCGUAGUUACUGGAAAAGUAUUCUUCUUGAGUAUCUGUGCAAUUACGACGGGAAAGAAAUCUCAAUUAAAGAUCUGAGCCAAGAAACUGCAAUUACCGCUUAUGAUAUAGUUAGCACUUUACAAGCUCUGGGACUGUUGAAGUACUGGAAAGGUAAACACAUUGUUUUGAAGAGACAAGAACUGAUCGGAGAAUAUCUUUCUAAAGCAAAAAAACGUCGGACCGACAGAUCGAUCGACGUCGAAUGCUUGCGUUGGCAUCCAUACAACUCAAACAAUUCUCUUAGUAACAGAUAAUAUAUUAAUUUCAUUUCUUUUACAGUGUGCCAGUUAUUAUUAUAAUUUUACACAAAACAAGAAAAAUACUGUAUAUACCAGUUGUGAAAAUUUUCGACAUUUAUUCAUUGGUAAGAGCUAUAUAAUUCGAGUAGAAACAAGUAUGUAAAUUUCAUUAUUUUGAUUUUAUAAAUGAAUUUUAUGUGUAAAUCAUUUUAUUUACUAUGAAAAAGUCAGCAUUCAUACUUAGAGAUAAAGUGGACUUUAUCUUGUUCUUUAUAUAUUUUCUUUGUUUUUCUUUUCUUUUGUGAAAUGUGGACUAAUAUUGAGUGUAAUGUAUUGUUGUUUGUUGAUAAAUAAAGCUUUAUUAUUGAAUACUAUAAAUAUACAUUAGUUUAUCAGAAAUAUGUACAUAUAUUUAAAUCAUUUCCUAUCAAAAUGUGUUCAUAGUAUAUUUUUCAGAGAAUUUUUUAAAUGUUGAUUGAAAAUUUAUAAAACAUAUAUUUUAUGAUUAUGUACAACACUGAUUAAACAAAUGGAUAUUUAUGCUUUUAUUCAUUAAUAUUUAAUGAACAUA